AUGGAUGACAUUGUUAACGGCGAAGAUAACUUUGGAGAAGAUGAAGAUGCGGAAGGAUCAAACGCGAGGACAGGUAACAGUAAGAAAACAGUAUCAAUGCGCGAAUAUUACUGCUACAAGUUCCAGAUUCGCCCCACUGAGAACGUAAUUUUGUUGGGUGGAAGGUUGCUCCAACAGUUUUCUGUAAACAUAUACAUAAAGAUUGAAAUGUCACGUUUACAGUUUUAUGAACAUAACCAGGACACGAUAAGGGCUGACUUCUAUCAAGGUAUAGUGGAUUGUGUCAACGCUGGUGAAGUUAAUUCAAAUAGAGUUGGAAGAAGAAUUGUGCUCCCUGCGUCUUUCAUCGGGGGUUCGCGUGAUAUGCGUCGACGCUUUUUAGAUGUCAUGUCGUUGGUACAAGAUGACGGUAAGCCUGACAUAUUCCUUACGUUCACUUGCAACCUAAAUUGGCCGGAAAUCACUGAAAAACUCUUACCCGGACAAACUGCACAAGAUCGCCCAGGUUUGGUUGCAAGAGCCUUUCGGGCGAAACUCGAGGAUCUGAAAAAACAGCUGCUCAAGAAGCAUGUUCUCGGUGAGGUAGGUGCUUAUGUUUAUGUCAUUGAGUUUCAGAAACGUGGUUUGCCUUACGCACAUUUUCUUUUGAUAAUGAAACCAACACACAAGAUUACCUCUCCAGACCAAUACGACAAGUUAGUUUGUGCUGAAAUCCCCGACCCCUCAAGGUAUCCCGAACUGCAUGAACGGGUUGUUCAACACAUGAUUCACGGACCAUGUGGUCCUUUAAAUGACAAAUCCCCGUGCAUGCAGGGAGAACCAAAAGCAUGUCGUUUUCAUUAUCCUCGACAGUUUAAUGAACACACUGUGCAGGGAGAUGACUCAUAUCCAUUGUAUCGGAGGAGAAGAAACGGUAUCAAAGUGAAGAAAGGGAAACACGAUAUUGAUAACAGAUGGGUCGUACCGUACAACCCGACGUUGUUGAUGAUGUUCAAUUGUCACAUGAAUAUAGAGAUUUGCUCGAGCAUAAAAUCUGUGAAGUAUGUGUUCAAAUACAUCUACAAGGGUCACGACAAACAAUCUGUUCAUAUUGAUCCUGAUGGAGAAGAAGAAGUCGUGAUUAAUGAGAUUAAACGGUUUCAAGACGCAUGA